CAGUAAACAACAAUCUGCUACACCAAACAGCACCGCAACCAGUCCAUACCUCGGUACAGUCAGGCCAUCACUGGACCCAUUGACAGCUACCAGGUUAUCCUCGAACGACGUCUCCUCUCUCCAGUGACACCCGGCCCGUCACUUCGAAGGCCUAAGUGAAUAGUAAACAGCAGCAACAUGUGGGGCUACCUCUUCGGCGGCUCUUCCCAGAAGAAGAAGGAUGCUCCGAAAGAGGCUAUCUUGAAGUUGAGGGAGCAGUUGUUGAUGUUGGAGAAGAAGGAGAGUCAUUUGCAGAAGCAGAUUGAUGAGCAGACGGCUAUCGCGAAGAAGAAUGCUACGACCAACAAGAAAGCCGCCCUACGAGCCCUAAGGACGAGAAAGACCCUGGAGAAUGCCCUGGACCAACUAGCCUCCAGCAGACAAACAAUCGAAACCCAAGUGUACAGCAUCGAAAACGCAAACGUCAACUUCGAAACAAUGAAAGCUAUGAAGGCCGGCGCAGAAGCCAUGAAAACGAUUCACAAAGGCAUGUCAAUAGAUAAAGUCGACGCAACCAUGGACGAAAUCCGCGAACAGAUCAUGCUCGGCGACGAAGUUGCUGAGGCUAUUUCGAGGCCGGUAGGGAUUGGGAAUGAUGUUGAUGAGACGGAGUUGGAGGAGGAGUUGGAGAUGAUGGAGCAGGAGGAGUUGGAUUCGAAGAUGCUUGGGGUUGGGGGGGUGCCGGUGCAUAUUCCGGCGAGUGCGGUGAAAGAGAGUCAGGAAGCGAGGAGAGUUGCUGCACCACCAGUUCAUGCUACGGCGGAAGACGACGACGAAGAGGCAGAGCUGCGAGCUUUGCAGGCCGAGAUGGCCAUGUAGGCCCAUCCUUGGGAGCCGGCGUGAGGUGAG